CUAGUGUGCAAUGUUUUGCAUUAACUUCAUCAUCACCAUCAAAACGACACUCAUGCUUGGAUAUUCAACACAAUGAUAGCAGAACUCAGCAAUCACCAACAUCGAGUGAUAUUGAUAAUACCAUACAUAAAUUGAUCAGCCAUUUAGAUGAACAAAAACAACAAGAAGUAUAUCCGAUGUUAUUGAAACAUCGAACAUUAUUUAAUUUAUCCAAAAUGACAAUCGCAAAUGCACAGAUUCGACAUGUAAUUCGCACGGGUGAUCAUAAUCCGAUUAGUUCGAGGCCAUAUUCAAAAAUUAUUCAACAACAACAAAUAUUAGCAGAACACAUUCGACAGAUGGAAAAGAAUUAUCUCAUUAGACGUUCAACCUCACCAUGGGUGUCUCCAGUUGUCUUGAUCAAGAAGAAAGACGGGUCAACUAGAUUUUGUGUAGAUUAUAGGAAACUUAACAACAUCACCAAAAAAAGAUUCCUAUCUAUGAAUAACAGUUUGGCAAAUUUAGAAGUAUCGUGUAACAUUAAGAUAUUACUAACUGCCGGGUAUCGCCGGAUGUGA